AUGCGCUAUCGGAGCAUUUGGUACUUUGUGCGGUGGAAGGGCUACGAUUCGUCGCACGACCAAUGGGUUAAGCACUCUGAUAUCUUCGCAGAGGACGCUAUAGCGGCAUUCUACCGCAAGCACCCCAACAAGCCACGCAUCAUUGCUGCCGCCAUCUUUGACUCCCUUCCGUUCCAGCACCCCUCUGCCACCAUCCGCACGCUGCGUCGAGGCGCCGCAAUCCAAGGGGGGGGGGUGAUGUCAGGGGAACCCCCGCUUCGGACCGCUCUGCCUUCGAUCAGGCAUGUGAUCGCGCUCGCGUGA